GCGUGUUUUGUAAGAUAAAUGCAACCUUCCUAUGUCAUCAUCAGUUCUAUUUAACUCUCUGUCAAUGAUUGUUUUCUCUUUCAAAUUACUCAGAAUUAAUAAAGGCAAAUAGAUAUCUCAGAUGCUGAUUCUGAAUUUAUACAGUUGCUAUGGUUUAUUCAGGAUGAUGUUUGUUACAAAUGUUGCCAGAAGUUGAUAUGGCAAAAAGAAUGUACCAUGGAAAGCCAUGAUGUCAUAGAAAAGGACAAAAUAGAAACAAAACCUCCAGCCACAAAAUCAAAGAAAAUAAAAAAGAAAAGUGCUAUCGCAAAACUUACAGAAAAGAGAAGAAUAUCAGAAUCUGGAAGUGAAUUUGGAUCAGCAGCAUCAUUACAAUCAAACACUAGUAAAAUAUUGCCUGAUAAAAAUGUACAAGCAGAAAAUAUCAAUCUUGAUAAAAAGGGAGAUAAAUUAAAAUUAGAGGCAAAUAAGAAAGAUAUUGAAAUUUCUAAUUUGAAAAAGGGAGAUAAACCUUCAAAUUUAAAUGAUGAAACAAAAGACAAUUUGUCACAAAAUUUAAAUACUGAUACUACAAAGAAAACUGUUAAAGAUAAACUAGAUAGCUCAACAUUACUUAUUACACCAAAGGGAGAUAAUCAGACUAAUUUGAAUACUAGUGCUUCUUCAGUAAAACGUGAUUUGUUAGAUGACACACCUAUACCUAAAUCAAGAAAUUAUAAGGUCUUAAGUGAUGCAUCAGAUAUCUCUCCCCCUAAUUAUAUGGACAUAGACUCAGAUAGUGAUGAAAAAGAUAAAAAAGUAGGAGAUGAAGAUUUUAUAAGUAAUAAAGCUCCAUCUGAUGCAACUGUGAGACGAUUUAGAGCUUUAAAAGUUGCUAAUCAACGUUCAGGAUCUCUUGAAUCUUUGAAAAAUAGUCCAUUUGUGCCAAAACCUCCAGAGACACCUAAAUCUGGGAGGAGCCAUUCUAAAUUUUUAUCAAAAGGUGAAAAGCGUAACAGAGAGACACAUUCAUCUGGGGAAGAAGCUAAUAGUUCUAAGUCUAAAAAACAGGAAAAUAUGGCUGAAACAAUGUCUACUGAUGAUGUCUUUGUAGAAGACACAAAAAAGGGUUCUAAAUCUGACUUAAAAUAUUCAGAUCAAAACGAUGUUCAAAUGAGUCCAGGCAGAGAUAGUAAGAUGGGAUCAGAAGUUGACAUUGCUCAAAUCACUGAAAACUACAAACACGUGUUACAGAAUGAUGCAGAUUCAAUGACAUUUGGAAAACUGCCUCCCGUCUCACCGAAGACUCAUCCACCUCCGCUUCCUGGUGAUAUAUCAUCUAGAUCAUUACGGACAGCGUAUAGAGCUGAUACUACCUUUAAAAGAAUAGACAAGACAAGCUUUGACACUAUAUCAAAUCGUUCAUCUACAUCAUCGGCUAUCAUUGCACCUAUUUCUAUAAAAGAAGCAAGAGCAAGGAGCGGGACAGGAGGCAAUGCAUCAGUAUCUUCAGUGUUACUGAGUUCUGAAGAAUUAGAAAGAUACUUUCCUGAUAAAAGAUUAAAGAUUUGGGUAGGAUGUUGGAAUAUGGGAGAACUUAAGGAAUGCAGUACAUCUUUACAAGAUUUUGUUUUACCAGAAGCCAGUGAAUAUGUACAGGAUAUGUAUGUUAUAGGAACUCAGGAAAAUAGUAUGCAUAAAAAAGAAUGGGAGAUACAGAUCCAAGCUACAUUAGGAAUGUCACAUGUUUUAUUCCAUUCUGCUACUCAUGGUGCCCUUCAUCUUGCCAUAUUUAUACGCAGAGAUCUUAUUUGGUUUUGUUCUGUGCCAGAUGAAGAUCAAGUAACAACUAGGGCUGUUACCAUGGUUAAGACCAAGGGAGCAGUUGCUAUAGCAUUUUCAUUUUUUGGAACUUCCUUUGUUUUUCUUAAUUGUCAUUUUACUUCUGAUGAUGGAAAGUUAAAGGAUAGAGUUGGUGACUUUCAACGAAUAAAUUCUACGCUAAAACUUCCAAAGAACCCUACUCAACAAGGUGAUAUUUCAGCAAAUUUUGACAGUGUGUUCUGGUUAGGUGAUUUGAAUUUCCGUAUUGAUAAAGGUCGCCGUACUGUGGAAGACAUUGUCAAGGCUAUUGUUGAACAAGAUCAUCCCAACUUUGAAGAUUUAUUGAACACUGAUGAAUUACUUAAUUGUUUACUUCAAGAAAAAGUAUUUCAAGGGUACCAAGAAGGGAGAAUUAAUUUUAAACCAACAUAUAAAUUUGAUUUGGAAACAGAUAAUUAUGAUACUUCAGCUAAACUUAGAAUUCCAUCAUAUACCGACAGAGUUUUAUUUCAUUCUAAGAAAAAGAAUGGUAUAUCAUGUACACAUUAUGAUGCAGUUAUGAAUGUUAAGAAAUCUGACCACCGUCCAGUGUAUGGGCUGUAUGAUGUCAUACUGAAAGCUGGAAGGGACGGUAUACAAAUGUCAGCAGGACAAUUUGACAGAGAAGUUUAUGUUGAAGCUGCCAAGAGGAGAAGCUUCAUACCAGAGGAGAUAACAAAAAAGGACCAGAAAUCCAGUGGAGUUUGUUCUGUACAGUGAUAUAAAAGUGCUAAAAUAUACCUAGACAGUGGUCCUGGUGAGAUCAGGGUACAACAGAAUAUCAAAGACCACUGAAUGGUGGAUAGAUGGGAAGAAAUACUAUGAAACAUCUGGCUGUGACUAGACAAGAAAUCGGAAGAUUUAGAUUAAACAGUUUUAUCAUAGAACAUUUUAUAUAUAAAACUGUUUUAGUUAGAUGCACAGCUUUAUCUGCAAUGAUGCUAAAUACUCGAGUUCAUCAUUUAUACAAACAACAAGCAGUUUGAAAAAAAUAUGACAUGAAAUAUUUUUUAAAAGACGCCAAGUGAACAAUGCUUUUUAUGACUUUUUAUUAAUUAUUUAAUGCUGGUAGUUUAACACAGACAUCGAAUAUCUAUUUUAUGUGUUAUUUGUGAUGUUUUAAGCUGUUUUAAUAUUGCAUCUUAUCUGAAAGAAAUAAUGGUUAUGUUAUCAAAUGUUCAUGUAAACCAAAUUAUCAUUAAUUUAGUGUCCUAAACGUUUUUGUUUCUUGGAAAGGUUGGAUUGUAUAGUACUGCAAUCAUGUUGUCCAUCUGAAUUUUUUUCCAAUUCAUUCUCUCGUCUGUCUAUCUGUCACUUUGGUUAAAUGUUAGUCAGGUUACCGAUAUGUAUUAAGGAAUGAUUUGAUAUUUGGUGUGAAUCUUGUUUUGUGUAAGCAAUUUUAAGAUCUGUCGGAUAGUACUUCCUGUGCUUCUUGUUUAUUUUCAGUGAAACCUGUCUUAAUCUCUUAACUGAUAACCAAGAUAAAGCGGAAACAUAUUUUUACUGAUUUGAUUCACCAGUUUUAUACACUCGAAUUGAGCGUUAUAAAAGCCAUUCAUGAAUAUUGAUUUUCAAAAUAAUUAUGAAAAACCUGUAUGAAUAUUUUUUUUAAAAGAAAAGAAAAUAGUAGUGCCCUCAUGUGUGUCAUCUCACACAGGACAUGCUUUAAUAGGCUGUCUAAUCUACACAUAGUUUUUCAGUUUCAAAAAGAGAUUUAACUUGUUUAGUGCACAUCAGUAUUUUGAUAGAUUCACAGUCUAUGUACCACUUGUAUGUUUUAUCAUGAACAUUAGAUGAUAUAAAAUUAAGACACGAUUUUAUAAACCAACUUAGCUUUAAAAGUAAUUAAUAAAUGUUACUAUCAUUGAGCAUACAACUUCAAUAUAUUUAAGUUAAAUACUGACUCAGGAAAUUGGACUACUUAGUUUGUGUUCUUCAUACUAUCCAAUAUUGUAUAAACAUGUUCAUGGCUGUAAUUUUUAGUCAAGUGUCUGCUUCCAUUUUUAUACAACUUAAACAUUCCAUUGUUUAUCAGUGCUGGUUAUCAACUCCAUGAAAGAUUCACACAAAUGUUGUUUCUGAAUAUUUAUUUUAUGGAGAGAAAAAAAAAGAAUUUAGUGUUAUAUCUUACAUGGAGUUGUACAUAGUUAUUUGUAUGUAGUAGAACAGUAUAGUUUAAUUAUGUUCAUCUUAGUUCACAAAAUAUUUUGGUACAUAUGUAUUUCUGCUAUUGAAAUUUUUCUUUAAAUAUUUAUCUAUAAAUACCAAUUUAGAAAUGGGGUUACAUUAUGGUAAUUCGUUAUAAACUCACUGAUUGGAUCAUGGUAAUACAUUAUAAAAUCACUGAUUGGUCCAGUUGCAUUAUGGUAAUCUGUUAUAAACUCACUGAUUGGUACAGAAGUCAUUUACAAAGACACUGAGACUUCACAACUUUUAUAGAGAUGGAAGUUGAUUCUGAAUUUUCCAUUAAAAUAUACAGAGGAAUUUUCAACUGAUAUUUGAUUUUAUUAUAAAAAUAAUUGUGCCAAGUUAUUAAACAGAAAAGUAAUUUUUCUUUAACCAUGUUAACCAUCCGUCCUGUAUUCAUGAAAAAUAUUUUUUCCUCAAUGCAUACAAAUUGUUUCUUCUGAAAUAUAUGAAUCCAUAAUAUUUAAACUUAGUUUAAGAUUAGUUCUUUUUUAUGAACAAUAUAUUAUUUAUCUAUUUAUCUUUGUUAAAGGGAAACAACACAUUAAAAAGUAAUUUGGAUAACUUUUUGUUAUGAAUAUUUGAGAUCAUUUAAAUCAUGUUCUAGUCAGUAUGGCACCAUUAUUGGAAAUAGUUUAGUUAGUAAACUAAAUGUUACAAUGUUUUGUUUUGUAGUGGUCUGUCCUAAAAUAAUAUGGAAAUUUAGAACUAUUAAAAAAUUUUUCAAUUAAAAAACAAAGAAUAGAAAAUUUGAUUUUUUUUGUCACCUGUUAUGUCAAAGUGAAAUGACAAAUUUUUGUUCUAUUUUAAAUGCUUUUUUAAAUUCAAAACAUAAAAGUUCAGUUUUAAGAUUUUUAUUACAUUUUACAGUGUUGUGUUAGUAGAUGAAUGUAUGAUAGUACGGAAAGAGGCAGCAAAAGAAUAUUGCAUUUAUCUUGCAUUCUUCAUGUAUAUCAUAAGCUUACAUUAAAGUUACAUAAAAGAA